AUGCAGGAGGGGGCGGGAGGAGAGGAAGGAGUAGUCAUCUUCCUCCUCGAGACGGUCUGCAACGGCACCGUCGGCACGUACCGCUACCGCCUCGUGCCUAGCUGGGAGUCCUCUCCGUCAAGGCCUGCGGCUGGGGAUGCGGUGAUCACCUCCGCCGACGCAACGGAGUCGCUACCGGCGUCGGGAGGCAAGGGAUUGGCCCUCGAACCGGCUAGUCCGGACGUGGAGAAGCUCCGCCUCGGCACCGGCUUGGACUGGGAGUCGUCCCCGCCGCAGCCUGCGGAUGGGCCCGAUGCGGUGGCUCCCGCCAACACCACGGCCUCCCGCCCAUCGGGCUCGGUCGAGAAGCUGAUUCUGAAAGUGGCGAGUCAUUCGGAGUGUAUCGCGUCAAUUCCAUUAAGCCAGGCCACCGGUAAGCAGCGCAGCAUUGAGGUCGGAUCACUUGAAGGAAGCCACUACAUCAACCUCGAGAUCAUCCCACUUAAGAACCGGGCAAUCCUUCGUUUCUACGAGCUUGCCCAAGGGUUAAAUGUUCAAUGGAAGUCUACAAGUCUGUAUGUGGUUCACAAUGAUGAUAACCAAUAUGAUUCACUUGAGCAACGUUUUGGAGAGGAUCCAGUUUAUUACCAUGGGAAACAAAGUGUCGAUAUAUCAUUUCUCCCCAUCAAAAUCAAUUUCGAAAAGGACUUCAAGCGUGAGAAAGUGAUCGGAAAAGGCACGGAAGGAACGGUUUACCAGUGCUCGUCAAGUUUUGCUUCUAAAUUCAGCUGCGCUGUUAAGAAAAUUAAUCAAGAACAUUUUUUCAUACUGGACCCUCUUUGUGAACCAAGUGAAGUUGCUAUACUCUCCUUGCUUCACCACAGAAAUGUUAUUGAGCUAUACUUUGCUUGGUCUGAAGCAAAACUAUCUCGAGGACAUCACUAUGCCACUGGUUAUGUGUUUGUUGCUAUGAAGCAUUGUCCCAGGUCAUUGAAGAAGUAUCUGAAUGGAAGAUUGGAGCUCAACUUUCAGACCUGUAAUCACAUCUUCAAACAAAUCAUUGAAGCGUUGGCUUACAUGCAUAAAAAUGGUGUUGUGCACAGGGAUAUUAAACCUGGAAAUAUACUGAUUGAAGACGAUCUAACAAUAAAAAUUACUGACUUUGGAAUCGCUAAAGUGAAGCAGCAACCAAAUAUGAGUUUCGCUCCUGGAGUUUAUGGAAGUUUUCCUUACAGUGCACCUGAAAUUAACAACAUGGAUAAACGCCACGAUGAAAAGGUCGACAUGUUUUCUGCUGGCAUGAUAUACGGUGAACUGUUCAUAACUCCUCUGGGAACACGGGAGGAAAAGUUGAACCAUCUGGCUAAUCUCAUGAGAGGGAGAAUGAAAGAAUACCAGGAAUCAUUUACGCCCUUUGAUCUGGACGUUGUGCUGAUGAGAUCGAUUUUCUGAAUGGUUGGGGAGGCAAGGCUGUUGUACUGAAGAGAUUGACGAGUCCAGAGGAUACCGAUCGCUUGUCUGCUGUGGCUGUAAUGGACUUUCUCUAGAGUAUAGGCUGUGAAGGUGAUGAGGAUUAAUCUGUUCAUUUGUAAAUAUCUUUCAGGUAAAGAAGUGAAGCAAAGAUUGUAAAAGAUGGAGGUGGCAACGGGUACACCGAGUUGAUAUACUGUUGCAGAUAGAUACGAUAGAAUCAAAAGCAUAUAAAACAAACAACCAACUGUAUAUAUGUCGAGUUGAUAUACUUGAAUAGCUUGCUGUACAUCUCUAUCACCAUCUUAGUGUACAUCUGUCGGAAGCACAGAUACAAAGCCUGCAUUGGUUUGGU